AUGAAAUUUUAAGAAUUCAUUUCCAACAAGUAAAUAACAGAACUAUAAGAAUAGUUAGAAUAAGCUCGAAGCAAAAUUCUAAAAUUAGAAGCCUAAUAAUAGCAUGUUGGCCAAGUUGAUGAUAUUUACAUUCUAAGAGACAGAUUAAUUAAAGUACAAAAUGAAAACAUUAAACUAAAGAAUACUCUUAAAUAUAUUGAAUAGAAUCAAUAAUACAACAAAUUAGAUGCCUUCUAUGAUUAUUUCAACAUCCCAAAUGUAUAAAAUAUGGAUAUCAAAUUGUAAAUGAUCGUAGAUAAAUUUAUUAAUUUAAGACAGGAAAUUGAAUCAAAGAAUUAAACCUUGCUUGAAUACUCUUAGAUUUAAAUCUAGAAUAAAGAAUUAUUUACUAAAGUUACAGUGCUUGAAUAAUAAUUAAAAUUGAAAGAAAGUUAGAUAGAAAAAACAGAGAAAUAAAUUGUGAAACUAACAAAACUAAUAGAAUAGCUUUAAUUAUAAGCAACAGAAUCCUUUUGGGAUUUAAGAAUAAAAUGUGAUAAUCUAAAAUCAAUAUUUUCACAUGGAUGGGAAUGUGAUUAGAAAACUAAUUAAAAUGAUGAUCAUCCCCAAAAAGUAGCAGCCAUUAUAUCAGAAUAACAUGCCUUAUUGAGUAAACGAUUUUAAUAGCCAAUUAGUGAUCAUCAUGCAUAUUUCAAAUUUUAAGAACGAACUCUUUAUAUUGUAAAGUAAAUAUCAUGUACAUCACAACCUAUCUAAUAAAUUAAAAAGUAAAUAGAAGCAUUAGAUGAAUUUUGGCUCAUGUUUAUUUUAGUUAAAAAUUAUCCAAUUAUUAUAUUAAAUGACAACAAUACAAAUAUCAACACCUCAGAAUUAUUCAAAAAAGUAUAAUUUAUGAAGCAAUUAUUAAAUUCAGAAUCCCCAGUUUAUUUCAAUUAAGAAGUUGCAUAUGAGAUGAACAUAGAUUUCUAGAACAUUCGAUUUGAAAUUGCAUAAUUUGCUUAAUAAUCAUUUGGCUGGUUCUUUGAACAAUCUAAUGAUUUGGUUAUAGUAAGUGAGUAUAAUAAGCGAAUUAAAUUAAGUGGAUCCAGUAAAGUUAAAUAAGCUAGAGAAUGCACACUCAUGCAUUAUAUAACAGAUUAUUAUUAAAUUACAUAGGAUAACAGAGUAAUGAUAUGUAUUCAAAGUAAUUCGAAAGAUGCGCCGAAAGUGUCAAAACAGCAAGUCAAUACUGGAGUAGUGGCUAAGAUAAAAAACAAAGACAAUUAUAAUAAAGUUUGUUAGAUUAUUAAUUGUUAAAUUACACAGGACACAGCAAUUUAAUAUGAUGAAAAUUACGUAUAUGUUUAUUUAUGA